GUAAAAAUACCCUUUCAAACACCACAACAGGCAACAAUUGCUAAGAAAACACUGGAUCCAGAUCCAAUCUUGAAACCAAGUGACAUUAGCGUUCAAUACUCCACAAAAGGGGAGAUUUUCAUAGCAAAAUUCGAAGCUGUUAGUGAUAGAGUGCUGCGAGUUGCUGUUAGUAGCGUAUUAGAGUCAUUAAAGACCGUUAUAGAGACUAUUGAUGAAUUCGAAGGGAAAUUUGAUGAGUAUCUGUGA